AUAUCUUAGCUGACCUUUGACCCUAUCCUCAUCUAACCUUUCUCACAGCAGAUGAGAGAUACGGAAAAAUAAUUAACCUAUAUGUUGGACACGUUAAUCCAGCCUCCCGGACGUCCGUGUAUAUAAGCAUUCUCUCCAUAUCCACGCGUACCAUACCGAACAGCAUCAGCAACCCGCACGGACGUCUAACACACCGAAACAAAUACGAUAUACGAUUUCCGGAUCGAAGAUAAUUAACUGAUUUACGUUCGUGUUGACUGAUUUUGAAUUCACAAAUUCCAGCAGUUAUUCUAGUAUUUAAAUAGACUAACUUGUAAUCAAGCUAAGGGCAAUGGAUGUCCAGUUUGCUAUACUUUGCCUGAUUGCAGUCGGUCUUCUACUGGUCAAUGUAGUGGACACUCGUCCCAGGAAGGCCAAGAGACGUGGUCGAUGUCAACCUAAGAUGUUAGCGGAGUACAAUCUGACGUUCUACGGAGACUGGUCCCCAAAGAAGUUCCCUCGAUUGUACCCUCGUGUCAGACCCCCAGCACAGUGGUCAAAACUCGUCGGUCGUUCCCAUGACAACACGUACCAACUGUGGACGUUAGGCGCAAACGCAAGUGACGCGGUCAAGGCUUUUGCUGAGGAUGCGGAUUCAUCGACACUGGAUCAGGACGCGCAGGCGUACAGGGGCAUCUUCGACUCAUUUACCGCCGCUCCGAUAGAGAGUGGGAUGGGGCGAUCCGCAGUCCGCUUUCUGGCAGACGGUCAGCACACGAAGAUGUCCUUUCUUGUGAAAAUUGUGCCCAGUCCAGACUGGUUUGUGGGAGUUGCCUCCCUUGACCUCUGCCGUAAUGGACGAUGGAGAAAGCAAAUUAAUGUGGAUCUUGUUCCACUUGAUGCGGGGACUGACCAAGGACUAACGUUUACAUCACCGAACUGGCCAAACAUUCCGGCUGAACCUAUCAGUCAGAUCACCAAUACACAACCCAACCAUCCAGCCAGUUCCUUCUUUUACCCGGAACAGGAAACGUUACCACGAAUUGGUCAUAUUGUUAUCACGGAAGUUGCCGAAUACAGACGAAGGGGGCGGAAGCUGGAUGCAUCGCCUACUGGACCAAACGUCGUGAUAUUUGACCCGGAAGAGGAUGAAGAUUAUCAUGAUAAUGGUUUAAAUAUUGGUGGGCUAACAGCAGUGUCUGGAUCUACAGGCGCCGGAAAUGACGUUGAAGAAAACGGUAAGCCCCAAGACUGCACAGUAUCAGAGUGGAGUGAAUGGUCACCAUGCUCAAAGACUUGUGGAUUUGGAGUUCAAACACGAUCACGUGACAUUAUUCUGUUCCCUGUAAAUGGCGGAUACGGAUGCCCAAGACUAACAGAACAAAACACAUGUGGGAGCAUGCGCAAAUGCAAAUGGGGUCAUUUUGAUUAUCUUAUUUAAAAGAUCUGGUUGAUUAGGAAGCGUCGUCUAGACAAAGUUGUUGUUUUUGUUGACUAAUUUAUUGUUAAGUUUCAAUAGUGAUUUGAUAUGAAAAUUUACAAUUUUUAUUUUUUAUACUUGGUGUAGAAUGAUAAAACUGUAUAGUUUAAAUAAGGUGUGUUGUCUGAUGUGAUCUCUUGUGAAAAUAAAACUUAAGAAUCUAAUCUGA